AGGUGGGGUAGAAGAAGUGGGCAUUUCAAAAUAGCCAUGUAAACAACAUGUAAACACUCUCCCUCUGUCUUUGUAAUUUUAACCGGGAAUGUGGGUGACGACAGUCUCUUGCAUGAAGACCACGAAUGCUGGAAUAAAUCUGACAUUAUGACACCGGACACCCGCCGGGUCUGACGUGGCAGGGUUGAAUACUUGAGAAUCACUAUAAAGCCCAGGGGCCCCUCAGGACUAGGAGUUGUUUACCCUGAGACUGGACAGGACUGUAGCGCUGGAUAGAGGAAAAAUUAUAAGAUCCAAUACGCAGGACUUUACGUCACAACAGGGGGCGCGAGUCUCUGGGCGUCUUUGGGGUGUUACGUGCCGCUAGAGUGGAGGUGCUGUCAAAGGGGUGGUGGAACUGAAACAUACUCGUAUUCUGGAGCAUUCGAACUGGAGUUUUAGUUCAUAAGAGGGAUUUACUGGAGGAAACAUUAGUAGGAUUUAACUGAUAUUGGUGGACUGUGUGGUCACUUCAGUAACAUUUCAGUUGGAAUAGCAGCAGAAGUUUCUGAGCACAUAAAGGAAUGGCCGCACUGGAAUUGCACUGUGGGCCGGAUCCUGGGGGUUGUGGGUGGGGUGGAGAGAGAGUUGACCUGCUGGACAGUUUUGACUCUGAGAUGCAAGAAUGGGAAGAUCAGCUUCAGGAAAUGCAGAGGAAGAUUGAAGAGUUGUAUAAUGAGGUCAAAGCACGAAGAGAGGCCAACGAGACCAACACAAACAAUCUCACCAACAACAAAAGCCUUGACAUUACCUUGCUUCCUGUCAACCAAGCCAGUGGUUAUCCAUCUGGUCGCCCCGACAACAACCUCCCAGUUCGUCAGUCCAAUGGAGUUCGAGGUGAUCCUUCAGUUAUGAGAAGCUUUGGGUUUCACCAUCCCAGCAAUUACUGUAAUGGCUCCAACAAUUACAUGCUUAAUCCACUAAGCAAUGGCAGCCAUAACCCUAACAGUUGUCAUAAUAUUGACAACCAGGACACCACACUAGAUAUCCUCAACCGAUACCUCCAGCAGGGGACACAAUUGGGAAAUAAACAAAGGAAUCUUGGAGCUCCAAAUACAAACACCAAGGUAUAUCCAGUUUCACACAGUUAUCAGGACAGUAUGAAGACAAACCCUGGGACAAACAGGACUGCCUCAGGCAUAGUUGUGGAAGAGUUUGAGGAGGUUGAGAAUAAGAACAAGAAAUCAAGUCUGGAUGAGUCUCAGGCUCGUCAUGUUAGCUGGAAAGACCCGAUUUCAUCAAAAAACCUUCCCCCUAAAUAUUCAGCUUCUAAACAGCCAAUUAAACAGAGAAAUGCAUCACCCGUACCCUCUCGUUCCACCUACCACGAGUCAUCACAACAACCUGACAGGAAGUGUCUCUUGGUCGACAGGAAGUGUGGUAGUCCAUCAGUGUUGCGUAAGUUUGGCGCUAUGUUGCAGGAGAAUGAGGGGAAAACCCUGAUUGAGGAUGGUCUCAUGACCACUGUGAUCUCUACUGAACCACCAAGGCACGCCAACACUCCCGUCUGCCAGAGCAAGUUCGACCCCAGGUGGACGUCCACACAUGUGCCCAUCCAGAAAUGCAUUUCAGACUGUGAUGUACCUAAGGUGGAACUGGAGCCCGGCCAGGAACCUAGGGCAGCUGUUCCCCCUCAACAUUUGCUCCAGAACAGAGACAGCGAGAUGGUUGGCUCUGCUCCUGAGCAAAAUGGCUUGGCCUUCAACCUAAGCCCUUCGCAGUCUCACCUAAAAGCAGGGUACCACAAAAAGGCUCCUGGACCUAAAACUCACAAAGCGGGCUUCCAGUAUGAGGACCUAUUCUCUGACUACUGGAUGGUGGAGAGGAUUCUGGGAGCAGGGUCUCAACAUUAUGGCAAGGUACACACAGGUCUCAACCUGGACCAGCUUCUGGAAAUGAUGGAGAUAGAGAACAGUAGAAGUCAGAUAACCACUGUCACCCAACAACUGGACACCAAGCAGGUCAUCCGCGAAUCGUCUCCUGACCCCAUCAAAAGCAAUUUUUCUCGUCCUUCUCGGCCAGCCAAUCAACGUCGUCCAUCCAGAUGGGCAAAGCAUACUCCCGCAAGCAAAAUCCCCCCUACGUCCUGCCCACCAAGCCCCAGUCUGAAAGCCAGACCAUUUUUAAACUCCCUGCACACAGAAACUGUCAUUAUGUGACCAGGAUUGAACAACCUCGAAAGGACACUUUUAUCUCUGAACAGACAUCUUGAAUCUUGGAUAUUUUCCCAAUGAACAAACCUUUCAACUUUGAACUUUUUGCAGAACAUAAACUGCUUUCUUUUGUAUGUAACGGUCAUCACCCCUUCAAAAGUACCUUAUUGCAGUCUGUAACCUCAGAAGGAUACAGUUGUCUCAUGAGUGCUUUUUGAAGUAUUCUGGAAAGUAACCCUAGUGGACAUUCUGUGACCUAGUAAACUUCUGUGCCUAUAUACCCAUCAUUUCCUUUCUCUCUUUUUCUGUCAUUCUCAUUCACAUUUUUCUAUAGGUUUUUUUUUUUUUUUUUUUUUUUAGUUUUAUUUUUUAUUAUUAUUUUACUGAGUGCUUUGUAUACAGUGCAUAUCUUACAAUGCCAUGUAGGGAAUUUUUUAAUCAUGUAAGCAUGUAUGCAACAUACAUAACAUGUUUUUAAACAAACAAGGUAACCUAAUAUAUUAUGCAUAAUCUGUAAACGUGUGUGCAAAUGUUUUGAUGUCAAAUCGCCAUAAAGUCCAUUUCAGUACUGCAUUAGUGCUUCAUAAUAUUGACAUGUUGAAGUCAUAAUUGGCUCAUAAUGUGUUUUACAAGCCUUAUUUGAUGGUGCCUGAUGUGGGCUGUGACUAUGCGGUGCAUGGCACCUUUUUUGAGGAAACAGGUCUGCAUUUUAUGGCCUUGUAAAAUUGCCAAAUAAACAAAGUGAAUCUUUUAAGUUCAAGUAAUCUGUGAAAAUUAUAUCUUUUGAUUGUAUUAUAAUGAAGAAAUGCUUUUGGAAUGUUUAGUUAAUGUUGUGAUAUGACCCUUACAAUAAUGUGAUGCUUUUUGUGUUUUUCUUUUUCUGAAUAAUAAACGCAAGUGCUUUGAAGA